CCUGAGCCGGCCCAUCUUGCGGUCGGCUUGACGCGAGAGUCCCGUAGACACAGGGGCGCCCUCGCGGGACGAGGGGAGAAGCGGCGGCAAGCGGCGGCGCAGGUUGUUUCAAGGUCGGCACAUCCUGUAGGCCAAUCGAAGUUGGCCUACCACCCCUGGACCAGCCGAAAGCCGAGUCACGGCCGCACCGCAACGCGCCAGAUUCCUUGCACCAGCUGUGCCGCCCUCGCCGGGCGGUGAGAUCUCCUAUCUCUCCUGCCGGCGGGUCGGUGGUUCCAGAGAACAAGAUGCUGGGCGUCUCCACCGGCCAGCUUUUGGUCAUCCUCGGGGCCUGCUCCGUGAUGAUGAAGCCCAGUGACAUGAUCAAGAUGGCAAGGGUGGCAGGGAGGAUGACCGGGAGAGCGGUCGGUCGCCUCAUGCUCUACCGCCGGCAGAUGGACGACAUCUUCGAGCAGACUGCAGCGAAGAAGAUUAAUACAGAGCUUCAAGAUGCUAUGUCAAAGUUACAAUCAAUUGGUUAUGAAGUUCAGAACUUAUCUAGAAUAACUCCUGGCCAGUUUAUCAAAAGGCAGCACAACACAGAGAGCAUGACUGAAGCAGGAACAUCUGAUAGUUCUGCAACUCAGUCCGGAGAAUUUCGUGAUGAUAUUCGCAGUAUAAUUCGUGAUGAAAUUGAGAGCUUUUGUAGAAAAAAUCCUGAUCAAUUUACCAGGAGGUUAAAUAAUCCUGACGGAAUUCAGAACUCUGAACAAACAGCUGAAGCUACACAAUUCGAUGUAACUAGUAAAUUUGCAAUGACAUCUAAGGACAUGGAAUCAGCGAAUACAAGCUCUACAAAUCUGCACAGCCAAGCAAUGAUGUAUGCCAAGCUAAGUGUAUCCCCAGGAAUUAAGAUGAGUUCUUCCAUGAGUGUGAGUAAUGGAGAACAAUUCAAAGAGAGCAAUGGACUGCUAAAUGUACUCCCAAUAUCAGCUGAAAGUGCUGGAUUGCUUCCGAAACACACAGGUGAGCCAAAAGGUUCAGAUAUACUCCUGGAGGCUGUGCUUGAAGCAGAGGUUGCAGAGAACGCUAAAUUUUUCGUCUCCCAGCCUCAUGAUCAGUUGCCCAAGGAGUGGGACAAGGUACCCCACAACCCAACUCAGCCACGGCAGAAAACAACCACCGAAUACCAAACGCUACUGGAAGUUCAACUACUUAUUACAAGGUCCAUCGACCUGAAAAGAGAUAGUCUGAAGUUCGACCACUACAGAUUCACAUCUUGCUCCCAGAAGUCACCUCCAGGCAAUCCGCAGGAGUUCCUCCCGUCGCUUGUCCAGGAGACGGAUGUACUGACGCAGCAAGACAGCGGCGAACGGCUGGCAUCACUCCAUGUCACCGAUCCGCGGCACGACCCCUCCACCAAUCAGCGCCCACCUCCUCCCUCCUAUAAAGAUCUCCAUCCCCUCCCCGUCUCGCCACAACCCAUCCCCCAAUUCCCCACCAGUUCUCCCACCGUCCACCGAAACCCCCACCUCACCUCCGAAGCGGCGGCGGCAGCAGCGUCCAUGGCGCCCAAGGCGGAGAAGAAGCCGGCGGCGAAGAAGCCCGCGGAGGAGGAGCCCGCGGCGGAGAAGGCCCCCGCGGCGAAGAAGCCCAAGGGCGAGAAGCGGCUGCCGGCGGGGAAGACUUCCGCCGGCAAGGAGGGCGGCGAGAAGAAGGGCGGGAAGAAGAAGGCCAAGAAGAGCGUGGAGACGUACAAGAUCUACAUCUUCAAGGUGCUGAAGCAGGUGCACCCCGACAUCGGCAUCUCCUCCAAGGCCAUGUCCAUCAUGAACUCCUUCAUCAACGACAUCUUCGAGAAGCUCGCCGGCGAGGCGGCCAAGCUCGCCCGCUACAACAAGAAGCCCACCAUCACGUCCCGGGAGAUCCAGACCUCCGUCCGCCUCGUCCUCCCCGGCGAGCUCGCCAAGCACGCCGUCUCCGAGGGCACCAAGGCCGUCACCAAGUUUACCUCCUCUUAGGCUCUUUGUCAAAUCUCUUCUGGCGUGUGAUGGAUCGAUGUUGACCUGUAGUUAGAUCAUGUUCCGGCUGUCAUCUUGUAAGAAAACGUGCUCUCGGUACUGUUAUUCAGACCCGAAGUAACAACACUGUUCAACCCUGCUGUUCCCUCGGAAAUAUCUGAAGAAAUGCUAAGCUUGCCGCUUCAAUCUGAUA